GUAAUUGAAGAGGAAAACAAAAAAUGAGGGUCAGUCUUGCUUAUUUUAAAGGACGACUUCCCCAAAAUGAAGCUAAGGUUCCAUUUAAAGUUGCAGACGAACUGGCAUUAAAGGAUUAUGUAAGCUGUCGAUCUGUUGGGCUUGCAGAAAAGGGUUGUUUACACGAAUUGUCAAUACUUUUAACAUGUCUCAGAGAAAAUGAAUUUGAUAAUUUCAAUUGUUCAAAAGAACUUACAUCCUUUGAAAAUUGCAGUAAAAGAUUUGCUAAAUUAUCCUCCGAAUUAAAAGCAUCGCACGCCAAAUCUGUGCCCGAUCCUAAUUCCAAAGUUUUUUCGUCGAAACAGAUCAAUUAUUUAUUAAAAUUAUACGCUAAAAAAUAAUCAAUUAUAUUUAUAUGUUCAUUAAUUGAUUAAUUAAUUAUAGAAUAAAAUCUUAGAGACAAAUCAAAAUAUAGAUAUAGUUUUACGUAUAUCCAAUUUGUAUCAUGGUAGGUAUAAAGUAAUUUGUUGUUUAUGCUUUUGUAACAUGAUUCAAAUGAUGUUCCUUUAUAGAAGUAGCAUGUAAACGUUUAAUAGCCAAUCUUUCAGAAUGACCUGUAAAGUAAAAUUAUUA